AUGAACAAUUCAGAUAUAACUUUACCGAGGAAAAGUGGACAACAGAAAAACAGAAACUUCAAAGAAAAGAACAGUUUCUUCAAUCUAGAUAUUGGCACAAGAGAAAACAGUGGAAAACGUGCGAAAAGAAGUGUACCUGAGGAAUGCCCACAAGAUGGUGUUGAAGAUGCUAAGGAGAACGUGUGUCCACCAGGAAAAUCUUCUCAACUGCAGAAGUACGAAUGCUGUAUUUACUGUCCAGAACAGGAAACAGGAGCUGGUUGUGAACCCUACAACUGUACGGGGAUCUUCGCCUGUCAUCAACCUGAAGGCAUUCAUCUUGAUCUGCACGAACAGAACAUUGUCGUCCUUCCAACAAACACGUUUAGGGGACUGUUCGAAGUUACUGACCUCGAUCUGUCCGGAAAUAGCAUACAAGUGCUCCCCCGAAACGUCUUAAAUGGACUGUCUAAACUCGCUUCCCUCCAUCUCAAUAAAAAUAGCAUACAAGUGCUCCCUCAUAAAGUCUUCAAUGGACUGUCUGAAAUUACUUUUAUCAGUCUGGAUGAAAACAACAUACAAGUGCUCCCUCAAGACGUGUUCAAUAGACUGUCUAAUCUAACCAUUCUCCUUCUUUCCAACAAUAACAUACAUAUGCUUCCUCACAACGUGUUCAAUGGACUGUCUAAACUUAAUUACCUCGGUUUGUCCGGAAAUAUGAUACAAGUGCUCCCCCAUAACGUGUUCAAUGGACUAAAUAGCAUACACGUUCUCCCUCACAACGUGUUCAAUGGAUUGUCUGAACUUUAUUACCUCGGUUUGUCCGGAAAUAUGAUACAAGUGCUCCCCCAUAACGUGUUCAAUGGGCUGUCAAAGAUAACUGCCAUCUAUCUGUCCGGAAAUAACAUACAAGUGCUCCCCCGAAACGUGUUACAUGGACUGUCUAAUUUCGCGUCCCUCCAUCUGAAUAGAAAUAGCAUACAAGUUCUCCCUCAUAACGUGUUCAAUGGACUGUCAAAGAUAACUACCCUCUAUCUGUCCGGAAAUAGCAUACGAGUGCUCCCCCAUAACGUGUUCAAUGGACUGUCUAAUCUAACCAUUCUCGAUCUAUCCGAAAAUAACAUUCAAGUGCUUCCUCAUAACGUAUUCAAUGGACUGUCUAAGCUUUAUUUACUCGAUCUGUCCGGAAAUAGCAUACACGUUCUCCCUCAUAAUGUGUUCAAUGGACUGUCUUCAGGUGUUAUGGAUGCAUAUUAUGAAGGUGUGUAUGCAUGGAAUGACCAGAAAUGGAGAAACAGUAUUUUAUGUACAGCGGCAGGUAUAUUAUCAAGUAUAUCCAGCGAGAUGUCAACGUUCCUCAUUCUCAUGGUGACGGUAGACAGACUAAUUGUCAUCAUGUUCCCGCUGUCCCGUCUCUCCCAAAGAAGCAUCACAUGGAAACAUGCUUUAUUUGUCUCAUUGACAUUAUGGAUUGUUGCUGUCACACUUGCUAUCAUCCCUGUUGUUACUCUGCAGUCCUACUUCAAAGGAGAAUUCUACUCUCAAUCAAGCGUUUGUCUGGCCUUGCCCCUUCAAGGAGAUACACGUCCAGGGACUGGAUAUUCCUUCGCGGUGUUUGUCUGCCUCAACAGCGGCGUAUUUCUUACUAUUGUAGUAUGUCAAAUUUGUAUUUGCAAAAGUUUGAGGAGAUCUGGUCGCCGCAUUGCCUCUUCGCAGAAUCACAAAAGAGAGAUUACUGUAGCCACGACCUUGUUCUUUGUGGUGGCGACAGACUUGUGUUGCUGGCUUCCUAUUGGUGUCAUGGGUGUCGUAUCACGAUGUGGAAUUGAAAUGCCAGACUGGGUGUAUGCCUGGGUGAUGGUGUUCGUGCUGCCUAUCAAUGCGGCCAUCAAUCCGUUUCUCUACACUAUUACAGCCAUUUGGAGGGGGAGACCAAAGAUUUGUGAAAGACGUAGUUUGAUGGUCAUCAUCACGAUCUCGUUAUGGGUGUAUGUGAAGUUGAACGUGUUCGCUAGGCUUCAGACAGCGUCCAUCAUUAGUCAGGCAGCGUCCAUCAGUGGUCAUACAGCGUCCAUCAUUAGUCAGACAGCGUCCAUCAUUAGUCAGACAGCGUCCAUCAGUGGUCAUACAGCGUCCAUCAUCAGUCAGACAGCGUCCAUCAUUAGUCAGACAGCGUCCAUCAGUGGUCAUACAGCGUCCAUCAGUGGUCAUACAGCGUCUAUCAUUAGUCAGACAUCAUCUAUAAGUGGUCAGACUGCGUCCAAAAGAGGCCAGACAGCGUCCAUCAUCAGUCAGACAACAUCCAUCAUUACUCAGACAGCGUCCAUCAUCAGUCAGACAGCGUCCAUCAUUAGUCAGACAGCGUCCAUCCUUAGUCAGACAGCAUCCAUCAUCAGUCAGACAGCGUUCAUCAUCAGUCAGACAGCGUCCAUCAUCAGUCAGACAUCGUCCAUCAUCAGUCAGACAGCGUCCAUCAUUAGUCAGACAGCGUCCAUCAUUAGUCAGACAGCGUCCAUCAUUAGUCAGACAGCGUCCAUUAUUAGUCAGACAGCGUCCAUCAUUAGUCAGACAGUGUCCAUCAUUAGUCAGACAGCGUCCAUCAUUAGUCAGACAGUGUCCAUCAUUAGUCAGACAGCGUCCAUCAGUGGUCAGACAGCAUCCAUGUUGAAUUGA